AAGUUUAGCGCUGUACAAGAAACAGAUGACAAUAGACAAAGAGUUGGUUAGUCCCUUAGAUACUGGACCACAGUACUGGGCUAAUCUGUCAGCAGAAGCCAUGGCAGUGGCAUUGGCUUUGUGAUUAAAGAAGGGGCUCACUAGGAAAACAAUUGCUCCAUGCAGAUCCUCAGACUUUGCAUUCAAGACAUAGCAGCAAUACAGUCUGUAUCACUAACAAAGCACAAGGGAUCUGCACACUAACCCCUGCAGCACUUAGUGACACUCACAGAGAACUGACCCACAGUCCUUCAAUGACACUCUGUCUGACCAGUCUUCAAGAUGUGGCUUCUGAUUUGCAUUCUUUCCUGCCUUGGGUUCCAGGACGUGGUUUCAGAUGUCCUUCCCAGCUUCCCUGUUGAAUCGGAUAUUGUUCACCCUAUUCGUGUGGAUGAACAUGGCUCCUUUUUGACUUUUGACCUGUCACCUCGAUAUAUUAAAAAGAGAGGCUUAUCUCUCCCAACUCCUUAUGAUGUUUACUAUGAAAUCAGGUACCAAGGAGCAGACCUUGUUUUCAACCUCAGCCAAAAUGUGGAACUAUUGGCCCCUGGCUUUGUGAGUGAGUGGCGCAGUGGGGGGAUAAAGGAGGCAAGAAUUCAGAGGAAAACUUCAAGCUCCUGCCAUAUGAGGGGGGAUGUACAGACACAGCAGCAGUUUAUGGGGAUUGCAGCCAUCAGUGUUUGUAAUGGACUGAAUGGAAUAUUCCAGCUGGAGCAGGAGGAUUUAUUAAUAGAGCCUUUAGCAGUGACAAAGCCAUUACCUGGAGAGGCUAUGCCCCAUCGUAUUUAUAGGCGUGAUGCUGGAGAAUCCAGAACACAAACACAGACUGGGCACAUGAGUUGUGGCAUGAGAGACCAACACUCUCAGGAAAAAUGGGACAGGCGGAGAGCAAGGUGGGAGCAGUUACAGUUGAGAGAGCACAAGGAAAGACGCAUACGAACCCGUUCUAUAAGCAAAGAGAAGUGGGUGGAGACUCUGGUGGUUGCUGAUCACAAGAUGGUGGAAUAUCAUGGUAGUGACAAUGUGGAAAACUAUGUCUUGACAGUUAUGAACAUGGUGGCAGGGCUCUUCCAUGAUGCCAGUAUUGGGAACAGAAUAAACAUUGUUAUUGUACGGCUGAUCCUGCUGGAAAGUGAGGAGGAGGAUCUGAAGAUCACUCAUCAUGCUGACAACACUCUACGUAGCUUCUGUAAAUGGCAGAAGAACCUAAAUAUGAAAGGAGAGGAACAUCCUCAGCACCACGAUGUGGCUGUACUUCUGACCAGGAAAGACAUAUGUGCAGCAAUGAACCGCCCUUGUGAGACUCUUGGCUUAUCUCAUGUGUCUGGCAUGUGCCAACCACAUCGCAGCUGUAACAUCAAUGAGGAUACUGGGCUACCUACUGCAUUCACUGUCACACAUGAACUGGGGCACAGUUUUGGAGUGCAGCAUGAUGGCAGUGGGAAUGAUUGUGAGCCCAGAGGAAAGAGACCUCACAUCAUGUCUCCUCAACUUCUUUAUGAUACUUCUCCCCUUACCUGGUCCCAUUGCAGCCGAGAUUACAUCACCCGCUUCCUGGACAGAGGAUGGGGGCUUUGUUUGGAUGAUCCCCCAAGUAAAGAGCUGCUGGAUUUCCCUUCUGUGCCUCCUGGGGUGCUUUACGAUGUUGCACAUCAGUGUCGCCUACAGUAUGGGUCCUCUUCCAGCUUCUGCCGGGAUAUUGAUAAUGUGUGUAACACACUGUGGUGCUCAGUGGGAUCAACGUGCCACUCCAAACUGGAUGCAGCUGUGGAUGGAACAAACUGUGGUCACAACAAGUGGUGCUUUAAUGGGAACUGUGUUCCAGUUGGGCAGCGUCCUGCUCCUGUGGAUGGAUCAUGGGGAUCCUGGAGUUCAUGGUCAUCGUGCACCCGGAGUUGUGGAGCUGGAGUACAAAAUGCAGAGAGGCAUUGUACUAACCCUAUGCCCAAAUAUGGAGGCCGUUACUGUCUGGGAGAGAGAAAGAGGUUCCGUGUAUGUAAUAUUUUGCCCUGCCCUUCGGAUACUCCAUCUUUUCGACAUCUACAGUGCUCACGUUUUGACUCCGUUCCAUACAAGGGGAAGCUCCUUCAGUGGACACCUGUUCUAAGCAGCAUAAAUCCUUGUGAGCUGCACUGCCAGUCAGAAACAAAGCUCAUUGCAGAGAAGCUCCUUGAUGCAGUGAUCGAUGGAACCCCAUGUUUUGAGGGCAACACAAGCCGGGAUAUGUGCAUCAAUGGCAUUUGUAAGAAUGUGGGCUGUGACUAUGAGAUAGAUUCCAAUGCAGUAGAGGAUCGCUGUGGCGUGUGUCAUGGAGACGACUCAACUUGCCACACUGUGCAGAAAACCUUUGAUGACAGCGAUGGGCUUGGGUACGUGGACAUUGGCCUGAUUCCUCCUGGUGCUCGUGAAAUUCGCAUAGAGGAGGUGGCGGAAGCUGGAAAUUUCCUAGCUCUGCGUAGUGAAGACCCAGAGAAAUAUUUCCUGAAUGGAAUGUGGACUAUCCAGUGGAAUGGGGAUUACCCAGUUGCAGGAACGACAUUCACAUAUACUCGCACUGGGAAUCUAGAAAACCUUACAGCUCCUGGGCCCACAUAUGAACCAGUGUGGAUACAGCUGCUGUUUCAGGAGUCAAACCCUGGGGUACGAUACCAGUAUACGGUUAGGCGAGACCAAGACAACAGCAAUGAGAUACCACUACCAGAGUUCUCCUGGCGGUACGGCACAUGGACAGAAUGCUCUGCCACCUGUGGCAUUGGCGUGCAGAGGCAAAUGGUACACUGUGUAGAAAAAAUGGCUGGUCUAGUGGAAGAGCGGUACUGUGACACCCUUACAAGACCAGAUGACAGACAGAGAAGCUGCAAUGAGGAUCCCUGUCCACCCAGAUGGUGGGUAGGAGAUUGGCAACAAUGUUCAGUUACCUGUGGAUUAGGUGGCCUGCAAAAGAGAACAGUCUUGUGCAUCCAGCGUGUGGGGCUUGAUGAACAGCGUGCACUGCAACCAGCAGACUGCCAACACCUCCUCAGACCUGAAACAAGUAUUCCCUGUAACCAUCAUCAUCCCUGCCCUGAGGUCUGGCAACAGGGCAACUGGAGUCAAUGUUCUGUUUCAUGUGGGGAAGGAGUGCAGUUUCGAGAUGUGUACUGCAACAAUAGCACUGAGGGGAGUAUCUGCGAUCCAUCGAACCGUCCCCUGGAUAGACGUGCAUGUAUUCUGGCAGCAUGCCCUGUGGAUCCUUUCUACAAACAUUUUGACUGGACAGGAAGUGGAGCAACCAACAGAAACAUUUUCAAUGAUAUAUUUCCAGGCCGCCCUCGAUCUCCAUCUAAUCCCCAGCAUCAUGGAGAUGAAAACUCAAUUUCUGAAAGAGACUUUACCAACCCAGGAGAUGGUGGACAAGGGAAAGGAGGGAAUGCAUUUGUAGAUGACUUCUACUAUGAUUACAACUUCAUCAAUUUUCAUGAGGAUCUGACAUAUGAUCCUUUAGAGAACAAUUACAUUCAUUUGGAUGGACAAGGAGAAAAUCCUGUUAAAGAGCUACCUACUAAACCUUCGCAUUAUGAUUAUGACAGAAAAGAUGAAAGACAGAAUGAAGAAAGUACCCAGUCAGAGGCACCCAGUAGUGUUAUAACUACUAAGUCAUUGGACUUAUUCACCAGUAGUAUUGAUCACAACUUAAGUUCUAGCACUAUUUUUAGUUCUACAACUCAGCAAGAAACUAAAGAUAUCUUUUCUGAAUUGGUGACUAUAUCCACAUAUUUAUCGACAGAACCUAUAACUGGAGAAGAGUUGUCUCCUAAGGAUAAGAAACAUAUAGAGGACGAUGAAACAAUAUAUCAGAAAAAUGUAGAAUCCUUAACAAAGUUGGCAACAGAUAAAUCUUUGUUAGUGACAUCCUAUAAACCCAUUCUGAGAGGUCUGCCAGAUAUUUUUGUGCAAGAUACAGCAACACAUCCCUUAGAUGUACUACCAAAAGACCAGUUACCUAGUAGCUCUCCAUAUACACCACAGAAUCUUUUGAAUUAUAUUACACAACAGCCCACUUCAGAUAUGUCUGUAAGUUCAGCACAAACUUAUUCACUAUAUCAUUCCUCAGAUGAGCUUUCCCCAGGUUCUACAAUAUACCCAGUAUAUGAUUUCUCUGAAAGCAUAGUAACAAAUCUCCCAUUGUAUCCAAUAUCUGACACCUCACCAGCUCUGGAAAAGGAUGAUUCUAAACUGACAGUUUCAGACCUCUUACCUAAGACAGAACAAAAUAAUUCCCUGGCAACACCAGAUACAACAAGGGACCCUUUGGGGGAACAGACUGUGUCACGUUUACCAGUACAAAAUCAGAACAUCACACAUGACACAACAGAUGAUAUUUCAUUAACUCCUAAAGGGACCGUAUCAUUGGGUGAAGUAGAGACUCCAUUACUCUUGGACAUUUCAGCAGAAAAUAUUGCAGUAGAUACCUCUCAAGAUCUGACGACUAAUUCUAAAUGGCGCUUUUCUUCCAGCACUGAAUCAGAGAUAAGUUCAGAUUCCAAAGUUUCAUACCCACAGCCUUCUUCAGCCACUCCAGUACACUCCUUGUUCACUGCGUCUACCACACUAAAGUCUACUGUGGUUACAGAUCAUUUUGAUGUUAAUCUAUAUACUUCAAAAACAACAUCUUCUAUAACAAGAGUGAGUGUCUCUUCUCACUUGGAUCCUAAAGCUAAAGACCGUGGUACACCUGUUAAUCCAAACAAACGAUAUAAAACUGCAAUUCCUGGCCCCCCCAUUACUAAUAAUUCUUGGCAUUUGCCAGGUUCACAGAAUAAUCAGUGGGAUGUCGGAAACUGGAGUGAGUGUUCCACUUCAUGUGGUUUGGGUGCGAUGUGGCGUUCAAUUCGGUGCAGAGUAAAUGAAACUGAGACUUGUAACCUUAAUACCAUGCCAGCCCCUGCACGUCGUUGCUACCUACGGCCCUGUGCUUCUUGGACAGUGGGCAACUGGAGCAAGUGCUCACAAAGCUGUGGGAAUGGAGUCAAGGUCAGAGAUGUUCAUUGUUUGGAUAUGCGAGACAAGAGAGUCCUGCGACCCUUCCACUGCCAAAAUACUGUUUACAAACCACGUGAACAGAUCCCCUGCCGUGAGCAACAGUGCAUGGAGUGGUAUGUCUCAUCAUGGCGAGAGUGCAGUGAGGAAUGUGGUGGGGGGAUGCAAGAAAGACUUGUGACAUGUCCACAGAUGGGGCUCUGCAAUGAAAAUCUGAAGCCCAACGGUACACGCUCAUGCAAUGACCACCCUUGCACCAAGUGGGCAGUGGGACCCUGGGGCCAAUGCACUGCAUCCUGUGGCGGGGGGAUUCAGCGGCGUCAGGUAAAAUGUAUCAACAUACACACUGGAGCAGCUGAGGAGGAUAACAGUCUCUGUGACCAUGAACCAUGGCCUGAAAAUCUUCAGAAAUGUAACCCACAGGACUGCCAGCAAAGCCAGAACAAUGUCUCCUGCAUUCGGGAUCGACUCACAUUCAGCUUCUGUAGGACCCUAAAGAUACUGGGUCGGUGCUCCCUGCUGACUGUCCAGGCUCAAUGCUGCCACACAUGCCAGUCUAACAUCCUAGGCUCUCGUGAGCUAAAUAACCAACGUCUAUCACGAAGGUGAGAAUAACAACUGUGUCCAGUGUCUCAGGGACAAAGUCACGUGGAAGAAAUCCUCUGGACAUGUGCCAAUACUAUUAGGGUAUCCUCACCACUACUGGAAAAAAGUCCAAACAUCUUGUCCUGUGUCUCCUUGCUGUGGCUGCUCCUGCUCCUAUUUCUUGAACCAUACACAAGACUGUACUAUAGGUUCAUCAUUUAGCCAGGACUUCUCAAAGAGGGCAGACAAGAUGAAUGUACUAGUGGAGGAAAGGGUAAUCUAUGCAUCUUGCACGGAGGACCAUCUCCAGGAGACCUGUCCAAAAUUGCAUUGUUUAGCCUUAACACGUGGUGCUAUGUCAGCAUGUGACCUCAGUUAAUUUCCCACUGGCUGGCCAGUGAGGCCAUUUCUUGCCCACUAUUUCACUGGGCUACCUGGUGCUUUAGAUAUCAACUUCAUAAUUCUGGUAUUAUAUUCUAGCUGCAUUAUCAUACUGCUGCCAUUCCCAAAGCUCACUACUCAAGCUGUGAGCAAGGCAUUGUCUUUGUUUCUGGCUAUAUUAUGAUAUUAAUCAUUUUUUCAGAUUUAUGCACUGAUCAUUAUCAGGGACAUGCGUAUGGUGGAAAAAAAAUAGUUUAUAAAGCAUAGCCACCUCAUUUGUAUUCCAUUGACCAGUAUGGCUGAGUCCAGAAGAAAUGAAAAGUGCAGAUAAAUGUAAUCCAGGAUGAGGACUGGGACCUCGUAUGGAGUAUGGUGUAAUGUAUGAGCCCAUAAAUAUCCUAUUUUCUAUAACAAUGAUAUAUUCAUGUUGGUGCUGAGCAGCUCAUGGCUGCAAUUACAAAAUUAGAUGUAUAUAAACCCCACAUAUGAACAUAUGGAUCACCUGCCUGGAAACAGUAGCAUUUCUCUUGCUAUUUUUUGCCCUGAAAAAUAUUAUAACUGGUUGCAGAUAACUGUAACCAUUUAAUGGAACAGCGGGCCAGUAACAUAUACCAGAAGCACAAGUUCUCCCAAAGUUAAAUAGGUCAUCAGCAACCUGAGUAGAGACAGCACCCUACUGGCUAUAUACUUGCUGUAAUAAACUGGGCCAUUUAUUUCUGGACCAUUAAGUUCUCUGUAUAUUAGGGUACAGGAAAACAUGAAGCAGAACAAGUACUCUGAGUAUCAUAUACAUUGAUACGUAGGUAGGACUAUCCUAGUGUUCCCUCUUCACCCCAGCUGCAAGUGAUUCAUAUGGACAAAGCAAUUUAAAAAAAAAAAAAAAAAAAAAGUAUAUUUUAAAACUACAGGUACAAGACACCUGAUGGCUCAGGUACAAGCCUUGUUGCAGUACAGUUUCAACUCUGGGCAGUCUUUGUUUAUGGGUAUCUGGAAAAUGUCACUAAAGUAAUAGAUAAAGCUCUGUCUGAAGAUCCAUGAGGACUAUCCUUCUACCUAAAUGUUAGAAAGGGACCAGUAUUAGGGUUGAGGCCCAAGGUGUUUUAAAGGGAACCUUUUAUCACAAUAAAUGGUUUUUAUGAGUUUUUGAAA